AUGCUAUAUAUAUGUAGCUUAAACUCUCAAAAUGUCAAUAACAGGUCAAAAAGUACUCGUUACAGCCGCAGAAAACAAGCAGCUCGUUCCAAUGCUACAUUAUUUACAUCAAGCAGUGAAAAUAACGAAGACUAUUCAUUAUUGGCUCCAAAUUUAUCAAUUCCCCAAGUUACAGAAGAAAUUGUCUCCAACAAUUUAGAAGGAAAUAGCAGCAAUACAUUUGACAGUCACAAUUCAGAAUUUUCCUGUGAUUCUUCUGAUAGAUACUUAAGUGGUUCUAGUAUAACAGAUGAUGAUAUUAUCUUACCACUUGAAACAGAUGAAGGAUUUUUUCCGUUGCAACAAUUAGUAUGUCGCUAUGCUGAAGAGAGAAAAAUAAGUCAAUUAAAUAAAAAUGAAAAUAAAAUUUGUCUUGGACCUUUCAACAUGCAGCAUAAACUAAAAAAUCGACCACUGAUUCAGGAUGUAUGUGAACCUCAAUUUACAGGAUGGAAAACAGAAAAAUUUGUUUUAAAAUUAAACAAGGCAAAUAAUUGUGUGAAAAUGAAAAGUGGUGAUUUAGUACUAAUAGACAAUAUUGCAACUUCACAAUUAGAUCAAAGCAUAUUGAUUAUUGGACGAAAAUUCGAGAAAGUUGUAGAAUAUUUUAAUAUACCCUGUUCUUCAGAAUUAUUGUUCAUACAUUUGGUUUCACAACUUAGUUAUCUUCAGUCAUGGAAAUUAUCAGACAUUAGAGAUAAAAUGAUUCGUUUCCCCAUGCUAGAUGAUGAGACGAGAUCUGUUGUUAUGCCUUUGCUGCAUUUACAAUAA